ACAACUAUUCACAUUGUGUCUGUUUUUCCACAACAAUUUGGUGCCGAAACCCGGGAUCUGAAAACGAUUGGAACGGAAUCAGGACAGGAACGGAGGACUGGAGACCAGAUUGGCGCCAUUCAAAAAAGGUGAGAACAUUUGUGUCUCUGUCUGCUCUCCCCUCCUCCGCUCCUAAGACCCUCCGUCCCACUAUCGUGAGUACAGAUCCCAAGAACCUGAAUAGUUGUUUUGUGUUGUAAUAUCUGUUUUGAUAUGCAUGUGUGAGUGUAUGUAGAUGCUGGCACAUUGCCACAUCAGCAUGACAGAGGCCCUUUACGGCUGAAUGAUUGUGCUGCCCCAAGUAUGCUGGGGGCAGUGGAAUAAAAAGUAAGAGGACCCUAUCGUCCUCAGACACGAAUGUUUCCUAUCUUCUCAGUCUGUCACGUAAACUGUCAUUAACAUUGUCUGCAUAGUGGAAGGACAAAUAUAAGGAUAAGUGUUGGUGAAGAGUAGUUUCUCUGCUGAUCUUCCCUUGCUUGUCAAUACCGGUCUGUGGGCAACCGAUUGUGGCUCUCCCCCCAGAACAGGAGCGAUAUAAUCUCUGAUUACCUCCUGGCCUGCUAUCUGACAGCUCUGUGUACACUGGUUUGAGUCUGUUUCUCGCUACACUGAAGGGCGUGUCCUGAAGCUGCAGACUGGCGUCUCUCUGUGUCUCAUGAAAAAUCAUACUUCUUACUUAGAUAAUCCCUUAUUUGCAUGGUUUAACCUAGAGGACAUUAGAGGGCAAAUAUUGUUUGGCAUCUUCGCCUUGCUGAUUUUCAUUUGGCUCUGUUGGAAAAUUUGGAGGGACCAAAAGCGGGGAUUCGCUAUGUGGGACUUCCCCUAAGAGCCAAUAGCCAUAGAAUAUAGUGCUGUGAAACACUGAGAGAGGGGUGCAAGAGUCCCCUCCACGAUAGCCGGGCUAUGGGAAACAGUCACAGCAAACGUGGAUUUGGCUGAUCACCAAAUCAGAGUAAUGGACGUCCUGAGACUCCUCGUACCCCACAGGAGGAGAUAGAGGCGUGGCCUGUUGCCAAGGUAACGGCUGCAGUAACAGCAAAGAAAUUGAUAUCUGAAUUUGUGUGCAGGUAUGGCCUACAUGAAACGGUUGAGAGAGCAAAUAGCGUAUUAAAAAUGUCUAAGAUCUGUGAGCAAACAAAACUUACAUGGGUACAAGCUUUACCAGUAGAUCUUUUUGCAAUGAGGUAUACCCCAAAGGGAUAACAUGGACUUUCAUCAUUUGAGAUACUGUUUGGCAGGCUGCCACUCAAAUGACAUGGACAGUACGCUUCUCUUACUGACUACGUUGUUCAGCUUCAUAAGCCACUGACUAAUUUGCAUGGCAAAGUGUUUUCUUCUUUACCAGAUCCACAAGACACAUCUGGAACCCCGAUUUGAUGGCCCAUACCAGGUGCUAUUGACCACAGCGACCUCCGUCAAGGUGGAGAGGAAAGUAUGCUUUGCACUGUAAGAAAAUUAACUUUCAGGUCAAUGAUGCAAACUGGUCCUAAAAGCAUGGGGCCCCCGGGGAGAAGAGAACUGAAUGGACUGUUAAGAUACACUUGUUUUUCUGCCUGCUUGUUUGUGCUUUAUAUCAGUGUGUGCAGGUGAAAGCAGAAAAGCAAAAGAACUCUACAGUAUAUGGCUUCUACAUCAGCAGACAGCUAAGGAGCUGAACGCCACUGACUGUUGGAUCUGUUCUUAUGUUCCUGCUAACCAUAAAGGAAUCCCUUUGAUUGGUAUCCAUAUCUCAAUGAACAAUCUUAACCUCACAGAUUAUAGCUAUAAUGUUGAAAUAGUCAUAAAUCACACUGCUCACAAUGCUCUUUCAGACCUAGGAAUAUAUUUAGAAAUUGCUGGUAUAAUCUCUCCGCCCACUAUGUGUAUAGGGCCUAUGUUUAUUAACCACGUGGCCGAACUAAAAGGUCACCUAGUCAACUUACCUAAGGUAUACGUUGGAGAAAAAAUUGUAAAAAUGCCGCCUUAGUGUUUAACAUGGAAUACAAUGAAAAGUUAUGUGACAAGGUGAACGGUAACUGUAACAAUCAAUGUUGGUGUGCAAAUAUGAAAGCUCUUUGUGCCCCUAGGUGUGCCUGUCCUAACCAGAUGGAUGAGAAUGAUUGGGAUUGUAAGACCCAAGUGCACAAUAAUAUGGUAUGGUUUCAGAGCUGGUUGGGAAACCAUGGUAAGAUAAUCCCUAGGGUGCUGAAGCAAGGCCUAUACUAUAUUUGUGGAAAUAGGGCAUACUCAUGGCUUCCUAUGGGAGCAUGGGGGAACUGCACUAUAGGAAGAGUUGUGCCAGCCAUAAGACAGCGUGAGAACAUCUCUUUUACCAAUAUGAUAGAAACAAGCCCUAGAGAGACUAGAUACAAGAGAGAAUUGUUUACUGCAGCAGAUAAAGCCUGGAUGUGGUUCCCUGCCUGGACAGGCUGGGGAAUUGAAUUAGCAAAUAAGUUAAAUAAAUAUGCAAAUAUUAUGGAUGGGAUAAUUACUGAGACCACAAGUGGCAUCCAUGCUAUCAAUGAAGAAAUGGCUCAAAUUAGGAAGGUGACCCUACAAAAUAGGAUGGCUCUCAUUUACUUGUUAGCUAUGGAGGGAGGAACGUGUGCUGUUAUAGGGGAGGAAUGUUGUACCUGGAUUGAGGACUCACAUGACCCCAUAGAAGCGCACAUGAAUAAAGUAAAGGAAUUACAGAAACAAGCUAGAGACAUAUCCAAGGAGGGACGGAAUCCCUUCUCCUGGAUGGGGUCAAUUGGUGUAUGGUUUAACAAUCUAUUAUCAGAUUUAAUGAAACCCAUAGUGGUAGUGAUAGGAUUGAUUGUAUUUCUUUUGAUCGCUUGGAAAUGCUUAAUGUGCUGUAUUUCUCAUUUCAGGAAAAAUGUGGAUUCGCUCGCCUAAUAGGAAGAAUGAUAACAGCCACAGAGAUGACCGUCUGAUGGCCCAGCCCAACUGCCCAUCUCUUCUGAGAGACCCCUCAGUUGUUGUAAGAGUUGGGUGGAAGACAUCAUCUCUGAAAGAGGGUCCCGCAGGUGCACUUCGACAGUUUGGACACCACCCCAGAGGGAGUUUAUCCCGAGAAGUGAUUUCGACAAGUCAGUCAUUCCGAUUCCAGCGAAUUCACCGAGUGGUCUCUGUGCCCUAGUGCACCUCCGGCUGCUGUUAUUAUUCUUACAGCUAGAUAGAUAGGUGUGUGAAUGCUUCAAUAAAGGUGUGUGAAUGCUUAGCAGAAUAGCAACCGCGAGGCAGUACUUAGUCAGUUCUUCCUCUUGCGUACAUCCUGUCUCAAUUGGUACUUUGUCACAUAAUAAAACCUGGGGGCAUCAGAGUACUAGGUGGACCUAAUUCGCCCGGGAAAAGCGGCUGCUAAAGGACAAGACUUUGACCUGCAGGUGCCAAUUGACUGCGGGGUGUGGCAACAGAGUCAGGGUAGGCCCAGGUGCAUCUGUGGCUAUAUCAUCCACAGUCACACCACCCUCUUAGCAUUAGUAGUACUGCCAUUGUUACCUUUUAGUUUAUGUUUUUAUAUAUGUGUGAUAAUAAAAUUAUCAAAAGGGUGAGAAUUGUUAAGGAAAUUUAAGCAAUGUAUAGAAUCUAUUCUGACUUUUUAAUAUCAUGUAAUACGUAACAGACAUUAUUUUGUAAGAUGUUUUGCUGACAAAGAAUGUAGGUACGUGACAAGAACUUUCUUAAAUUUGCUAAGUCACCCUAGUCUUGCUGAUUUGUGUCAUGUGCCCACCCAGGACCAGAUGGUGUUCGAUAAGGAGGAAUGGGCCUCAAGGCCUGCUGUGAUUGGUCCAAGCUUGGGUGGAGUAAUUCUUUGUAAAAUGCAAUAUUAGGGGCCAUCUAUGCCAUGUUGGAGAGGCAGAUGGAGCUCCCUUGUAAUUACUUGUAAGUGCAUGCUGACUGUAACUUUAUUGUAAUCUUGCUCUGCCAUUAUCAAUAUAAACUUUAAAAUUUGGCUACAACUA